AUGGGAUUGUCACUGGUGGAACUGCUGCCGUCUGGGGACAUCGUCAAGACUCCCUUGGCAGGUGAUGACCGAGAGGACGAUUGUCGCAAGGAGAUCGCCAUUGAGGUCGAUAUCUACAAAAGACUGGGAGAGCAUGCUCGUCUUGUGAAGAUGAAACGCUGGGAUCCCGGAGCCUACACUCUAACCUUGGAGUACAUGCCUAGCGGCACUCUGGAGAGCUACCUUUGGUCUCGCCUCGAGCAAAUCCCAUUGUCCCAAAAGCUUGGCUGGAUCUCGCAGGCUGCCGAGGCUGUUUCCCUCCUCCAUGCGAAUGAUUGCCGACUUUAG